AUGCCACAGCAACAUUUUCUAUUCUCUGUUGACAGCUCUGCAUUCAUGUCCCUUGCUGCUCGAUUUCCCAAAAAUUCAGGCAUGUGCAAAGCACACCAUGUGGAAGACAAUAGGCUGGUAGUAGAAGAACAGCAAGUACACGUAGUGCAACCAGCAGAGGACACUGAAUGGAAAGUAAAAUUAUUGAACCAAUCUGUUUAUGACCAGAGUUCUCCAACAAUAGAUAUAGUUGAGCAUUCUGGAGAAAAAGAAGCCAUCAACAGCAAUGAUUCCUGUGGAGCUACCAGCAUUGUAAUUAGCUUGCCAGAUGAAUCAAUCUCCAGAUUGUCAGAAUCAUCUCAACAAAAUAUUAAGGAACACUGUAUCCCAAUGAGGAGUGGACUACAUUCUGCCACAAUUGAGGAAGGAGAAGAAAAAUCAUGUUAUAGUGGUGAUAGGAAAGAGUUAACUGACAUAGUUUCAUCGCAAGGCUCUGUCAUUUCAUCUCAAAUAUCUGGAGAUUUUUUAAACGACCAAAAUCUGGAGAAAAUAGGAUCAUGCUCAGACAGCAACUCAGAAGUGGAAGUUCUGUCCAGCACAGCAAAGUAUAACCAUUUUGAUAGUGGCACUUCCUUCAGUAAACUCCUCGAAAUGGUUAGUUCAACGAAGUUUUAUGAAGAUAACAAUCAAAAAAGCAAAUCAAAUGAGAACUUAAGAGAUACAUAUGAUCAAGCUUUAUGCAGACAGCAUGACAACUCCAUAGAAAGCUCGCAAAAAUCAAGCCUUACUCAAGGCUCUUCAGAAGCACCUAUCAACCUAUCCCCUGACUGCAUUGGUCCUUGCAAAACCAAAGCCUCAGCUAGUGACUUUUUAAAGAAAAAGGAUGAAAAUGGCAUGAACAGAUCUAGUUUUCAAACAACAGAACCUGCAGGCCAAGUUGCAAUUACUCUUUCUCAAACUAUUGUGUCUCAAGUCCAUCCUCAGGAACAAAGCAAUCACCAGCAGCAAAGCUUUUUCAAUUUCAACAUCUCUGAAGAAAGGGGAUCAGAUCUCGGUGGGCACAAAAAUGCCUCAAGGAAUGCAACCAAUGGGAUAAGUUCUGGCCCAACAAAAGUAAAGAGCAAGGAACAACGAAAAGAUAAAAAGGAUGAUUAUAACUGGGAUAGUUUAAGAGUAGAUGCACAAGCUAAAGCUGGAAAAAGAGAAAAGACAGAAAACACAAUGGAUUCUUUGGAUUGGGAUGCUGUGAGAUGUGUAGAUGUCAAUGAAAUUGCCAAGACCAUCAAAGAACGGGGCAUGAACAACAGGCUUGCAGAACGUAUUCAGAGUUUCCUGAAUCGACUGGUUGAAGAACAUGGAAGCAUUGACCUUGAAUGGCUAAGAGAUGUUCCACCAGACAAAGCAAAAGAAUACUUGCUCAGCGUAAAAGGAUUGGGAUUGAAAAGUGUGGAAUGUGUGCGGCUUUUAACACUGCACCAUCUUGCCUUCCCGGUAGACACAAAUGUUGGACGAAUAGCUGUGCGACUGGGGUGGGUUCCUCUGCAGCCACUGCCUGAAUCACUGCAGUUGCAUCUCCUAGAAUUGUACCCAGUGUUGGAAUCAAUUCAAAAAUAUCUCUGGCCUCGACUGUGCAAGCUAGAUCAGAAAACACUAUAUGAACUACAUUACCAGAUGAUUACAUUUGGAAAGGUAUGUAUAUGUGUUGCAAACUUUAGUACUCUAGAAGGCACUGCAAAUAUUAUAGUUGGCAAUAUAGGUAAGGAACUUGACAGACAGCCUGCUAGGAGUGCAAGGCUUGCACUGCCUGGACCAGAGCAGAAUAGUAUAGUUAGCACAGCUGGAAAUAGUGUGAUUGACCAGAAGCCAUCUAAAAUCAUCAGUCAGUUGCACUUGCCUCCCCCUGAGAACACAACCCAAGCAGAAGAAAUUCAACUAACAGAAGUGAGCAGACAACUGGAAUCAAAAUAUGAAAUGAAUAUUUGCCAGCCUAUAAUUGAAGAGCCAACAACUCCAGAACCAGAAUGCUCGCAAGUAUCACAAACUGAUAUAGAGGAUGCUUUUUAUGAGGAUUCAUGUGAAAUUCCUACCAUUAAGCUUGACAUAGAAGAGUUCACCCUGAAUUUACAAAAUUACAUGCAAGAAAAGAUGGAACUUCAAGAAGGUGAAAUGUCAAAGGCAUUGGUUGCUUUGAAUCCAGAAGCUGCUUCAAUACCUAUGCCUAAGUUAAAGAAUGUGAGCCGAUUACGAACAGAGCACUGUGUACGAGAGCCUGACGAUCCAGGCAAAUACCUUCUUGCUAUAUGGACUCCAGGUGAGACAGCAAAUUCUAUACAACCGCCUGAAAGCAAAUGCAGUGCCCGAGAAGAAUACGGCCAACUCUGUGAUGAAAAGGAAUGUUUUUCAUGCAACAGUUUCCGGGAAGCAAAUUCACAGAUAGUUAGGGGGACACUCCUGAUACCAUGCCGAACAGCUAUGCGGGGAAGCUUUCCACUGAAUGGCACCUAUUUCCAAGUCAAUGAGGUAUUUGCUGACCACGAGUCAAGUCUAAACCCAAUUAGUGUACCCCGAAGUUGGAUCUGGAACCUCAUUAGGCGAACAGUAUACUUUGGAACCUCCGUACCAACAAUAUUUAAAGGUCUAACAACUCAAGAAAUUCAACAGUGCUUUUGGAGAGGUUAUGUCUGCGUGCGGGGGUUUGACAGAGAAACACGAGCACCCCGUCCUCUGAUGGCUAGACUACAUUUUCCAGCUAGCAAGUUGGCCAAGACCAAAGAGAAGACAGAAAAGAAGUCAAGUUCCGCAAAAUCACGAGGAUUGAAACCAAAUACAAAACAGCCGGAAUUGAUUUCAAAAAGUAGCAAUCUUAAAGAGGCGUAA